CACAAAAAGAAAAUUUGAAUUGCAGCGCAAAUCCAUUGUUUCACGCCUUGAAAAAGUCGACCGUUGUAUGCAAAACUUCAAUUUCUUUUAAGAUUUCCUCUUUCAAUUAUCCUCCAUCGUUCCCACCAUCUCUCUUCUCUUCCUUCUCUCUAAUAACACAUCAAUGGCGAUUACUGCGGAGAAUCAAACCAAGCAUAAGACAUCUGCAGAAAUUCCUGCUGCGGAGAAGAAGCGAUGGACGCUUAGUGAUUUCGACAUUGGAAAACCGCUAGGCCGAGGGAAAUUCGGCCAUGUCUACUUGGCCAGAGAGAAGAGAAGCAGUCAUAUUGUAGCACUAAAAGUACUGUUCAAGAGCCAGCUGAAACAGUUUCAAGUGGAACAUCAGAUUCGUCGAGAAGUUGAGAUACAAAGCCAUCUUCGUCAUUCUAAUAUAUUACGUUUAUAUGGAUACUUUUACGAUCAGAAACGUGUCUACUUGAUACUUGAAUAUGCACCCAAAGGAGAGCUGUACAAAGAGCUUCAGAAAUGCAAGCACUUUGGUGAAAAGCGAUCAGCGACUUAUAUAGCAUCAUUAGCUCGGGCACUUAUUUACUGUCAUGGAAAACAUGUGAUACACAGAGAUAUAAAGCCAGAGAACCUCCUAAUAGGAGCACAGGGAGAACUCAAGAUUGCAGACUUUGGCUGGGCAGUCCAUACAUUUAACCGCAGGAAAACCAUGUGUGGAACACUUGAUUACCUUCCUCCAGAAAUGGUCGAAAGUGUGGAGCAUGAUGCAAGUGUUGAUAUAUGGAGCCUCGGUGUUCUAUGUUACGAGUUUCUAUAUGGUUUCCCUCCUUUUGAAGCAAUAGAACAUUCAGACACAUAUCAAAGGAUUGUGCAAGUUGAUCUAAAAUUCCCUCCAAAACCCUUGGUAUCCUUGCCAGCGAAAGAUCUUAUUAGUAAGAUGCUGGUUAAAGACUCGACAGAGCGUCUUCCAUUGCAUAAGCUUUUGGAACAUCCAUGGAUUGUACAAAAUGCAGAUCCUUCAGGUCUUUACAAGUUCUAAUAUAGAUUAUGUUCGGGCGAUCAUUAUAACAAGAUCAAUUUCACAACAUCAAAACUGUCAUCUAAUUCAUUUGCUCCCCAGGAUGGCUAAUUUGUAAAAUGUAUUAGAAUCCUCUCCAUUAAUAUUAUUCUUAUAUAUAUGUACCUAAAUAAAGGCAUGAGUACUGUUUGAUCUUGUCAUUUCUUAUACCUACUUAUCAUCUUACUAGAC